GUGGCAAUGAUCUGUGGUUAGUAGUUAACCUACAAAAAUUUGUUGCCAAUGUUCUAAAAUUUUAUUCAUUUUAUUUAUCAAAUUAAAUACAAAUAUUUAAGUAACGAUGAAUCAAGCAGAAGUAUCCAAGUUGGUGUCUCAAUUAAAAACUAGGGUGAAUCCUAGAUUACGCAAAUUUAGAAACCCCAAGGGUCCAGAAGGCCGAUUAGAUAAACUAAGAAAAACUGUAACAGCGCUCAUAAAACAUGAGAGAUUAGAAUUAAAUUACCCUAGAGCGGACGAGGCAAGAAUGUACGCUGAAAGGUUGAUAUCAGAUGCAAUUCGUUAUGGAGAUACGCAUAGAACCACAAUGGAAAUGGCAGAUUAUUGGCUUGUAGAAAAACAACUUGUUCAUAAACUAUUCAAAGUAUUAGCGCCCAGAUAUGAGAACUACAACAUUUCAUACACUCGAUUGUUAAGAGCUCCACGACCAUAUCCAGGUCCUGAGGAUGAAAAAGCUGUACUCGAACUGAGAGGCAAUCCUUAUCCACCUCUACUUCUGACAACACCUCAAAUAAAAAUCUUAUUCAUAAUAUACUUUUAGAAGAAGCCAAAAAAGCAUAUAGAGCUAAGAAGUAUGCAGAAAUUGCUGCUAAGAUUGAUGGUGUUGAAGUGCCAGUUGACUUAAAAGUAUCGAAUUUAAAUUUGGAGGAAUCUAGCAGUUCUGAAGUAAAUCAUGAUGAUUCCUCCAGUAAAAGCCCAUGAUAUUAAAAAAUAUAACUUGUAAGGUAGCACUUUUGUAAAUAAAUAAUAGUUGUAUGGCAAUAUAGGUACCUACUUCCAU